UCUCACCCCGGCGCUCGGCAAAUGUCAAACAGAGGCCCGUGCCGCAGAAAGGGGGCGUUGAGGGGGAAAACAACUGGCUUUCUAAUCUUUUAUAUCAACCCAAUUUUUUGUGUUUUGGACAAAACAAAUGAACAGCUCACUUAUAGCAUUAUUAUAAGUGACGGAAGCAGAAGACAACCAGCAGCCCGCCUCCUGUGUGCAGCACCGCGGACUCCGCACCGCAGCUCCAUCGCGCUCUGAUCUCGCUGCCAAACAUCACACUUUCUGGAAAAAAGGACAAAUUUCUCAGAGGAAUCUCUUUUCUCGGUUUGUCAGGAGAUAUGAAGAGUUUGCACACUGGGACCUGCUGCUUGUUCCAGCACACCCCUGUUCCACCAUGACCCCCAGCAGAGAAUUCUGGGAUUGACGUUAGUAUCACUCCCACUGAUGGCCUACACCAGGUUUCAGCUUACCUGCUGAAGCUAUGGGGAGCUGUUGGAGCUGUCUAUACAGAGACGCCAUUCAAGACAACCACCCCACCAAAUUCAAGGUGACAAAUGUUGAUGAUGAAGGGAACGAGCUGGGAUCGGGGACUAUGGAGCUCACCCAAACAGAGCUCAUCUUGCACACACGAAAACGCGAUGCCAUCCGGUGGCCGUACCUCUGCCUGCGCCGUUAUGGCUAUGAUUCCAACCUGUUCUCCUUCGAGAGUGGGAGGCGUUGUCAGACAGGACAGGGGAUUUUUGCAUUUAAGUGCUCUCGGGCGGAAGAGAUCUUUAACCUCCUGCAGGAGCUGAUGCAGUGCAACAGCAUUAACGUGGUGGAGGAGCCCAUGCUCAUGACGCGGCCUGGCCACACACCGGAGAUGGAGAUGCCUCGAACCCCUCAAACACCUAACACUCCAGGGUUCCCAGUGCAGACAUUUCCUAAUGGAUACCCAGGGUACCCCAUAAGUGCAGACUCAUCACAGCCCUCCCUUUCCGAUGACCACAGACACAGCCUCAUGGGGAUGGAUGACCAGACACAUACAUAUGUGAACACGGUAAGUAUGGAGAGUGAGCUUUCAAGUCGCCACUGUGUCAGAUCCCUUCCCGAGGUUUGGCCCCCCGCCUUCACUGAGGCAUCCACCAAACAAAGCCAACCCAGCAUGCACUGCUGCGGCAUGGAUGACUCCCACAAAGACCCUCAGCUCUUCCUCCAGCCAGGGGCACAGGAGGUAAAGUUCAUGCUGGGUCCGACACCGGCACAACGCCACAUGAUGGAGCGCGACCGAGACCGGCACUCUGCUCACCCACUCCGAGCACCCGAUGGCAGCUCAGAAACCGAGGGAGAAGAGGCUCCACCCCUUCACAUAUGCAACACGCAUCCCUACCACCAUUACCAUCAUCAUCUGCACAGGCACUCCAGCAUGGAGCCUUGCCCAGGAAGCCAGCUAACAUAUGAGAACAUUAAUGGUCUUCGAGGGCCACGCAGGCAAAGGCUGAGCCCCAGCAGUGCCUCCCAGUCGCAGUCUGUGGGCUCAAGCAGCAGCAGCAGCACAGCUGGAGAAACACACCCACAUACACACCCGCACUCUCUGCCACUCGCGCACACAAAUGCCUCCUCAUUGCCUCCACAGGGCUACAGCGGGGGCCAUCGGCGCUCUGCGCUGCUCAACUACGAGAACCUUCCGUCACUGCCACCAGUGUGGGAGUACCGUGCUCUUCAGCGGGAUGAAGAAGAGGAGCAGGAUGAAGAUGAGGAAGAUGAUGAGUAUGAGGAAGAGGAGGAGGAGGACUUUGAUGAGUAUGAAUACUCAGAGGGGCCAGGAACCCCGAAUGGAUAUCAUCAGGAAAGUGGUGGCAGUGGUGGGAUUCAUCGCGAUGCUCUGCAGAACUACGUCAACACCGAACAGCAGAUCCAGCCUCCAACUCAUCUGCAUCAUGCGUGCCCUCCUCAUCCUCAGCCCUCUGAGAGGGGUGGUCGAGUUUUCAGUUUUGAUUUCCGCCGGCAUCGGGCGGGGCGUGGCACAGUUGGCAGUGCAGCCUGUGAGCAGCAUGGCCGCCACCUGCCCCCUCCACCCUCACGCCAGCUCAACUACAUCCAGGUGGACUUGGAGGCUGGAGCCUCGAGUUGCCCAGGACACGGAGGGGGCGGCUCCCAAGUGCCACAGAGACCGCCUCCAAUGAAGCGCGGCAUGGCUGCUGCCCCAGUUAUGCCUCCAUCCCGUCGCGGUGAGUGUUAUGCUGUGAUCGACCUGCAGAAAACCGCAGCCAUGUCCAAUCUGCAGAAAGCCCUGCCUCGUGAUGAUGGCACGUCUCGAAAGACCCGCCACAACAGCACCGACCUGCCUCUGUGAGACAAAAUGAGUGUUAAAGAGUGAGGAAAAAAAGAAUGUUAUGGAUAAGACUAAAAACAAAGGAGCUCUGUGGUGUUAUUGUCCUCUCACCAUUCAGUUGGAGUUUCCAUCCUUACACUCAUAUUUUCAACACAUUUGCACUUAUACCAGCUAUUUCUUGUGAAUACAAUAAGGCAAAACUGAAUAUACCAGCUGUAUGUGAUAGAAAUUCAUGCAAUUUUUAAAGGUGGUCCAUAACUGAAUUUGGUGCCCUGUGACCAUCGAAUUGUAAUCAAGCCCAUCUUACUAAACUGAGCCUCACAGUUAUACCUUUACAGGUUUACAAGAAAAGGUGUUAAAAAUUAUCUAAAAGGAAAUAUCGGAUUCCAGAUCAGAUCUGAAGCUGCUCUGUAAACCGCUGUAUUUUCAGCGUACAUACGAGAGUACUAGAUAUUUAAAAGCUUGUUUAUUAACAGCAGUUUUACUCCUCCCUCUGGUCUAUCAUUAACUUUUAUAGUAUGUUACAUACAUCCUAAAACAUAA